AUGGACCUGUCCGUUCCACGACCUCAAGGCAUAUCAAUGCUGCCACGGGAGAUCUUCUGGAUGAUCUUGCGUCGUCUGAAGCCGGAAGAUAUCGUCUGUUGUCGCCGUGUCUCGCGAUCGUGGAAUGAGGCCUUCAGCAGUGUUGCCAAUCUGGCACCGCUACUGGCCGAGUUCUUCCCAUUCGCAAAGGAAGUUCGAGAACUCCAGGAUGGAGAUGGAACCAGCACCGCAGGAUUGAAUGGGGAAUCCGAUCUGACGCGCGUGAUUUUCGAUCAGCUUGCCCUGAGGUAUCACCACCUGUGCCGAGGCAAGCCCAAAUCCGUUCAGAGAUACAAGCUCUGCGAUGACUUCGGGGUUUCUGGGGAGAGAGAAUGGUUCCAAGUACAGCCCUGGGAGAAUCAUGCCAGCCACCUCAUGCAGCGCGUGGACUGGGUCUUUUCGGAGUCCUUCUGGACGUACGAGGACGGCCUCUUGGUUUUUCCAAGCGCAGACUAUUCGUGCCUUGUUCUGCUUGAUCUGGACACCGACAGGAAAUUCAUGGUGCCUUUUUUGAUCGGAGGGAAAGUGAUUCGCCGGUUGCGACUGCAAAAGAGAGUUCUCGUUGUGGAGUGGGCAGAGCCAAAGGCCUUCCACUGGUUGAAUGACAGCGACGGAGUGCACCGUCACUUUGCAUCGUCAUUCGACGUGAACAAGACCUUGGAUGGUUGGAGUGUCACGUUUCGAAACGAAUGGAAGAUUAUGUUUCUCGGUCAUCCACUGAGUGAGAGAGACCGAUUCUACUCUACUCAUAGCGAAACGCAUUACGCUAUCUACAUCUGGCAGCCCAAUCGCAGCUUAUACACUGCUGAUGAUGAUGCCCCAAUUGAGUCGCUUUCUGUUUGGGACAUCUCCAAGCCUUCGGAUUACAGGCCGUCGCUAGAUCCAACCGGACGACUGCGGGGUGAUAGUGGAGAUACUGGACCCUCUAUUAUUUCGCGCUUCGGGUUCAGAGAGUUGGGGUUUUACUCUGUCAGACAGCGAGGUCUCCCGGCCGUGCAAUGCCUGAAUAUCAGCGACGAUAAUCUGGCCAUAGACAUUGUCGAAAAUGUCUGUACAGGUCCAGUAGACAGGCUUGUGGGGCCAGCCGAGUGGACGUCCCAGGUGCAAAUCACCAGUAUCCCGAUAGUAGGCAAUGGUCCUACCUGGAGACGAUCGGUUCAGUCGACUCUCCCACCCUAUCGCGGAAGUAACAGCCUACAGACAAAGCCUCUUACCUUUUCAGCUUGUGAUGAACCUUGGUAUGCCAUCAUCUCGGAGACGGUCGAUGAAGAAGCGAAAGUUGGUUUCUGUCUCCACUUAUCUCCAAUCACAUGGCCGUUUGAUCUGAAAAUGUUCCUGACGAUUCGCACACCAUCAUCGGAGAAGACUCUAAAACAUGAAGAGAUUUUCGAGCUUACGAGCAAAGGGACCGUCCAUGGAACGGAACGGUAUUUGGUCGGCGAGAACGCGAAUCGCGAGUUAGUCAUCCACAGAUUCGAUCGGUAG